ACGAGGCCCUCAUCUCGCCUCAAACCGCACCAUGAAACGCAUUAACCAAGAAAAACUGCAAUUUUUCCAAAUUGGCUCCACGCAAGAACGAAUAAAUCGAAAAAAACUCGAGGAACAAAAGAAAAAAGAGGAAGAAGAAGCCGCCGCAAAUGCUUUCAAAGAAUUUGUGGAGACUUUUCAAGCGACUCCCACACCGGCAACUGGCAAAGUUUGGGUGAAAGCCGGAACCUACGAUGCUGGAAGUCGCAAAGAAGACACGCGCGAGAAGGGAAAACUCUACAAACCGACGUCGCGUUUGGAAAAUGAGAAAUCCGCGUUGGAAAAAACGCAGGAAUACGCGAAACUUCUCUCGAACGAGUCGAAAAAAGAGUCUGUGAGCAAGAAAAAAGGCGGCGAAAAGAAAAAAAGUAACUUGGAAUUGUUCAAGGAAGAGUUGCGACAAAUUCAGGAGGAGCGCACGGAACGUCACAAAUACAAACAUAUCGCCAAGACGAUGUUACCGACCGCGGCAGCGACAGAUGAUGUCGAUGAACGACCUCAUAAGGAACAAGGGAGCUUCGAUACUGGCGAUCCAAACACGACAAAUUUGUAUCUCGGGAAUUUAAAUCCGAAAAUUUCGGAGCAAGAACUGAUGAAACUCUUCGGAAAAUAUGGGCCGCUGGCAAGUAUUAAAAUUAUGUGGCCACGUUCGGAGGAGGAAAAAAGCCGAAAUCGCAAUUGUGGCUUUGUGGCGUACAUGAGUCGAAAAGAUGCCGAACGAGCUUUAAGGAAUUUGAACGGAAUCGAUGUCAUGAGCUACGAAAUGAAGAUGGGAUGGGGCAAAGCGGUGCCAAUUAUGACACAUCCGAUUUAUAUUCCGCAAUCCUUGGUCGAGUAUUCGAUGCCGCCGCCUCCCUCGGGAUUGCCAUUUAACGCACAGACCAACGGGAAGCCCCAACCGUCGCAAAUGACGUCGCAGGACUACAUGACGAGCCCGGAGAAGCGCCACGAGAUGGAUGAAGUCCUAAAAAAUACCGUCGUUAAGGUUUGCAUUCCCACAGAACGCCCGCUUUUGAUGCUCAUCCAUCGCAUGAUCGAAUUCGUUAUCCGAGAGGGUCCCAUGUUCGAGGCAAUCAUCAUGAAUCGCGAAAUUGACAACCCGAUGUUCAGAUUUUUGUUCGAAAAUGAGAGUCCGGCACACAUUUACUACCGUUGGAAGCUUUUUUCGUUGCUCCAAGGCGACUCGAUCACCGAAUGGAACGAAAAAGAGUUCCGGAUGUUCGUUAAUGGGUCCGUUUGGAAGCCGCCAGCGAUGAAUUUCUACACUCAAGGCAUGCCAGAGGAGCUUUUGAGUGAAGAAGACUUGCUUGAACCCAACAAAGGUCAAUUGAGUGUCGCCCAACGAGACCGCUUGGAGGACAUUAUUCGUCGUUUGACGCCCGAACGCAAAAAAAUCGCCGACGCCAUGAUUUUUUGCAUCGAACAUGCGGAUGCUGCCGACGAAAUUUCCGAAUGUAUCUGCGAGGCACUCACAAAUCCAACGACUUUGCCGCACAAAAAGAUCGCCAGACUCUAUUUGGUGUCAGAUAUCUUGCAUAAUUCGACGGUAAAAGUUCAAAAUGCGAGUUUUUUUAGAGUUGCCAUCGAAAAUAAUUUGGUAGAGAUGUUCAAGGGACUGCGGGAGUGUCAUGCUUCGUUGGAAAGUCGAUUAAAAGCUGAGGGAUUCAAAGUGAGAGUGAUGCAAAUACUAAGAACGUGGGAAGAAUGGGCCGUUUAUUCGCAAGAAUUUCUCACAAAACUGCAAAAUACGUUUUUGGGACUCGCCGAUAAGCCGGAUAAGAAACAGCAAGACGAAGAACAGGUUGAGAGUGACGAAGAUGUCGAUGGAAUUCCGCUUGAUGGAGCAGCUUUGCUCAAAGGCGCUUUGUUACGAAGUGGCGUUUCCGAAGCAAAAAUCUCAUCCCCGAAAGCAACAAUGGACAUUUACGACGACGACAUCGACGGAAUUCCCCUCACGAACGAAGACGACGACAUCGAUGGCAUCCCCAUUGACGACACUUCCGCCACAAAAACGGCACAACGCGCCUUCAUUCCCUCCAAAUGGGAAACUGUCGAUCCCGACCAAAUCGAAGCACAAGCCGUCACCACAAGCAAAUGGGACUCCCUGCCCGUCGUAGCGCCAGAUCCGCCAAAAAUCGCUCGCAGCAGUGACGACAGCGACGAUUCAUCCGACUCCAAUUUGGGCGGCUAUUCCGACGAUCGUCGUGCCAUUUUGCGCGAAAUCGAGGUAAAAACGAUGGAAUAUCAGGACGAUUUGGAAGCGGGUCGCAAAGAAAUGCGCUCGGGAUACACUUUGAACGAACAAGUCCAGCAAUACCGGAAAAAAUUGAUAAAAAAAGCAAAACGCAGGGACCACAAUUCGUCAGAUUCGAGCGAAAGAGCGUCAAGACAUCGCGAACCAAGUCCUCCGGUAAUUUCGUUCGCGAAAAAAGCGAUAAAAAGAAGUUCUCGAAGAUCUGGAUCGCGAUCGCCUUAUGAGAGGGAACGAGAUUACGACAGAAAUUCACCGAGAUCGACGCGAUCUUACAAAUCCAGGAGUCCCAUUUCGUCAAGUAGGCGUCAAGAAUCAGAUUCACCGCAAUCCUCGAGUCAUUCGCGAGAGUCUUCACGGAGAUAUGAGCGAAAAGAGCGGAGAAGUCGAAGCAGGUCGCCACAUCAUGAACGGAGAUAUGCUCGAGAGACGUCCCGCGAACGUUACUCGAGCUCAUCGUCGUCGUCGAAGAAACACAAACGGAGCAAAUAUUACACAGAACUCGAACGUUUCCCGCCGACACUGUCAAUUUCAUCGAUAAAAAUGACACAAGGCGCCCGUUCCUUCGCCGCUUUGAACAAAUCUCGCACACGUCGUGCCCCCUGUCCCACAAGAACUUCGUCGAAUUGCGAGCCAGCUACGUGGAAAAAUGGCACUCCCGCUUCACCGGCCACGGCACGCGCUAAAAGAGUCUUUCCCGUGCCCGGAACACCCACAAGCAAGACACCAUUUGGCAAUUUUCCGCCGAGUUUGAGGAAUUUGUCGGGAUUUUUCAAGAAUUCGACGACUUCUUGCAAAAAAAGGAUGGCAGACACCGAAAAAGCCAAGGCCACGAAGACUGAGGACCCGAAAAAGGAGAAGGUCGAAGAGAAACCCGAACUGUCGGAAGAAGACAAGCAACUCCAGGAUGAGUUAAACAUGCUAGUUGAACGUCUGCAAGAAUCCAACCCCUCGUUGUACUUGCCCUCAUUGGAGACCAUGGCGCGUCUCAUUCGCGCCUCAACCACAUCGAUGACUUCCGUGCCGAAACCGCUCAAAUUCAUGCGUCCGCACUACGAAACGAUGAAGGAAAUCCACAAAAACUUGUCAAACACCGUCAAGGACAAGACUGUCUUGAAACUUUGCGCCGAAAUAAUUUCCGUGCUCGCCAUGACAAUGGGCACGGGCAAAGAUUGUCUCAUCUACCGUCUCUUGUGCGACGACAAAAAAGACAAAAUCGGCGACUGGGGACACGAAUACGUGCGUCAUCUUUCCGGGGAAAUCGCCUCCAACUGGCCCGAACAAUCAACGGUGGCUUUCAAAAAUCGCCUGGUUGAACUCGUGAAACAAAUUAUCCCGUAUAACAUGGCACACAAUGCCGAAGCGGAUGCCUGUGACUUACUCAUGGAGAUCGAACGCUUGGAUUUACUCGAGGAAUUUGUGGAUGAGAACGCCUAUCCACGUGUUUGUUUGUAUCUCCAAAGCUGCGUUCCGUACGUCGCUGAUCCGGAAAACGUUAAUUUGCUAAAAUGCGCCCUGAAUUUGUCUCGCAAGUUCAAUCAGUACACGCAAGCGAUGCGUUUGGCGAUGAUGUUGAACGACAUGACGCUAAUUGAAGAUAUUUUCACGACAUGCCCCGAACUGGCGAUCAAGAAACAACUUGCUUUCAUGCUGGGACGCCAACAAAUUUUCCUGCAGUUGAACGAAGAAGCCCCGGAUUACGAUGACAUCGUUGACAUCAUGUCGAAUUCGCACUUGAACAACCAUUUUUUGAGUCUCGGACGAGAAUUGGACAUUAUGGAGCCAAAAACGCCCGAAGAUGUCUACAAAUCGCAUCUGGAUAACACACGAACGCAUUUCGGGACGUCGCAAAUCGAUUCGGCGCGUCAAAAUUUGGCAGCGAGCUUCGUAAAUGGCUUCGUUAAUGCCGGUUUUGGCAAAGAUAAAAUUUUGAUGGAAGACGGGAACAAAUGGUUGUAUAAAAAUAAGGAUCAUGGCAUGUUAAGUGCGACAGCGUCACUUGGUUUGAUCCUUUUGUGGGAUGUGGAUGGCGGUUUGACGCCCAUCGACAAAUAUUUGUACUCCGCCGAGGAUCACAUCAAAGCGGGAGCGUUGUUAGCUUGCGGUAUCGUCAAUUGUGGCGUUCGGAAUGAAGUUGAUCCAGCACUUGCUUUGCUCUCCGACUAUGUGGGUCACUCAAACAGCACAAUGCGCAUCGGAUCCAUCCUCGGACUGGGUUUGGCUUAUGCAGGAUCGAACCGCAGCAACGUUCUCGAACUUAUUUCGCAAACUUUCACCGGGGAACGUCGUUCCGGGUCGACAAUCGAAGUAAUGGGCAUCGCCGCUUUAUCUUUGGGCAUGAUCGCUGUCGGUUCUUGCAAUUCCGAAGUGACCGAGACACUUUUGCAGACCAUUAUGGAUCGUUCAGAGUACGAUUUGAAGGAUGUUUAUGCGAAAUUCCUCCCCUUAGGUUUGGGUCUCGUCUAUUUAGGGCGUCAGGAAGCCGCGGAAGCCGUUAUUGCAGCGCUGGAAGUCGUUCCCGAACCUUUCCGCUCGAUGGCGACGACAAUGGUGGACAUUUGCGCCUAUGCCGGCACCGGAAACGUACUGAAAAUCCAACAAUUGCUGCAUUUGUGUUCGGAACAUUACGAGGAAAAGCCCGCGGAGGAGUCCAGUAGCAGCAGCAAGAACAAGGAACAAGCGAAAGAUGCGAAAAAAGACGAGGAAAAGGAGAAAGAUUUGUCGGCGUGUCAAGCAGUGGCGGUAAUUGGCAUUGCACUUAUCGCCAUGGGCGAAGAUAUUGGCGCGGAAAUGGCUUUUAGGUCUUUCGGGAAUUUAUUGCGUUAUUGCGAGCCCUGCAUUCGACGAGCGGUGCCUUUGGCACUCGGACUUAUCUCGGUUUCGAAUCCGAAAUUGAAUAUUUUGGACACGUUGAGUAAAUUUUCGCACGAUUCCGAUGUCGAAGUUGCUCAUAAUGCCAUUUUUGCGAUGGGUUUGACGGGCGCCGGAACAAAUAACGCACGUUUGGCUGCCAUGUUGCGACAAUUGGCGCAAUAUCACGCGAAAGAUCCGAAUAAUUUGUUUAUGGUACGAUUGGCGCAAGGAUUGACGCAUUUGGGCAAGGGAACUCUCACGUUGAGUCCGUAUCAUAGUGACAGACAACUCAUGAGUCCCGUUGCGGUUGCUGGAUUAUUGGCUACUGUCAUCUCCUUUUUGGAUGUUAAGAACAUAAUUUUGGGACGUUCUCACUACUUGCUAUAUACCCUAACAACUGCAAUGCAACCUAGAAUGCUCGUGACUUUCGAUCCUGAUCUUAAUCCUUUGGCUGUUCCUGUUCGUGUUGGAGUCGCCGUUGAUGUCGUUGGACAAGCAGGAAAGCCCAAAACAAUCACAGGUUUCCAAACACACACAACGCCAGUUUUGUUGGCGAUGGGAGAACGUGCGGAACUCGCCACGGAAGAGUACAUCUCGUUAACACCCAUCAUGGAGGGAUUUGUCAUACUGAAGAAAAAUCCAAAUUACGUUCCCUAAAUGGCCCAAAAUGGGGAAAUUCAUUGCAAAAAAUUUAUAUUCAUAAUUAUUAUCAAUAAACCGAUAUAGUAAUUAAGAGUUUUUCCCUUUUUAUAUAAAUUUCUUUUAAUUUUAAUCUAACUUUUUUUUGUUAAGUCAUCCUUUUUUCUGCAAAAAUUAAUUCAAAAAUAUAAAAAAAUCUUGGAUAAAAAAUAAAAAAUU